UCCCCUCCCUCUUCCGGAUGAUGGAUAUUUUCUACCUUGCCUCCCCACUCUGCCCCCACACCACCACCUUCUCCGCCAGCAUCCUCGCCGGGAAAACCCACCCCACCACUGCUCUCUGUUUCUCCUCCAAAACUUCUCCUGAACCCGACGAACCUUCGAACUCCUCCGGCCACCUCCGCCGCCCCAAAACCCUCAAGCCAUCCCUCAACCCCACUCCUCCAAGUCCUAGAACUACCAAAAAUCCCCUCAAAAACAUCGUAAAUCCCACUAUUUCUCCCACCAAUCCUGCCAAUCUCACCAACAAACUCUGGUUAUCCAGCCACCUCUCUCCUCCUCCUCCUCCACCAACGCGGCCGCCACAAGAAACAAUUGACGAUAAUGAGGUUACGGUUUCGAGUAAUUUGGAUAAUUUAUGUUCAGAUGGUUCACCGGAAAUUGAGUUCCGACAAGAGGGUAAAAUCUUUGUGGGCAACCUUCCAAAUUGGGUUAAAAAGAACGAGGUUUCGGAGUUUUUCCGGCAAUUUGGGCCGAUAGAGAAUGUGAUACUGAUUAAAGGCCACGAUGACAACCAAAGGAAUGCGGGUUUCGGGUUUGUUAUCUAUGGUGGCCCAAUGGCGUCGGGCUCUGCAAUGAGGGCGGUGGAGUUUGAUGGUGUGGAGUUCCAUGGGAGGGUUUUGACUGUGAAGUUGGAUGAUGGGAGAAGACUAAGAGGGAGGUCUGAGGAAAGGGCGAGGUGGGUUCAAGGGCAUGGUGUGGAUCAACGGUCCAAGUGGCACGAAGAGAGGGAAAGUUCCAGGAAGGAUUUCCGGAAAGUUCUAGAAACUGAGCCCGAGAACUGGCAGGCUGUGGUUCAGGCUUUUGAGAGGAUUAAGAAGCCUUCUAGAAAAGAGUUUGGGUUGAUGGUGACCUAUUAUGCACGGCGAGGGGAUAUGCAUCAUGCACGUGGAACUUUUGAAAGCAUGCGAGCAAGAGGAAUAGAGCCAACCUCUCAUGUCUAUACAAGUCUUAUCCAUGCUUAUGCAGUUGGUAGAGACAUGGAAGAAGCAUUAUCUUGUGUGAGGAAAAUGAAAGAAGAGGGCAUUGAAAUGAGUUUGGUGACUUAUAGCAUUCUUGUGGGUGGAUUUGCCAAAAUUGCCAAUGCUGAAGCUGCAGAUCAUUGGUUUAAGGAGGCAAAAGAGAGACAUACAACUCUAAAUGCAAUUAUAUAUGGGAAUAUAAUAUAUGCUCAUUGCCAGGCCUGUAAUAUGUCUCAAGCUGAAGCCUUGGUGAGAGAGAUGGAAGAAGAAGGCAUUGAUACUCCAAUUGACAUAUAUCAUACCAUGAUGGAUGGCUACACAAUUAUUGGAAAUGAAGAGAAAUGUCUAAUUGUGUUUGACAGACUUAAGGAAUGUGGCUUUACACCUUCAGUAAUCAGUUAUGGAUGUCUCAUUAAUCUUUACAUUAAGAUUGGAAAAGUUUCCAAAGCCUUAGAGGUUAGCAAAAUGAUGGAAGUGGCUGGCAUAAAACAUAAUAUGAAAACAUAUUCCAUGUUAAUCAAUGGAUUUGUACGGUUAAAAGAUUGGGCAAAUGCAUUUGCAGUUUUUGAAGAUGUUGUGAAAGAUGGUUUGAAGCCUGAUGUUGUGCUGUAUAAUAACAUCAUCAGAGCAUUCUGUGGGAUGGGUAACAUGGAUCGUGCCAUUUGUACUGUCAAGGAAAUGCAGAAGGAGAGGCAUAGGCCUACCACACGAACUUUUAUGCCCAUUAUACAUGGUUUUGCAAGAUCUGGGGAUAUGAGAAGAGCCCUAGAGAUCUUUGAUAUGAUGAGGUGGAGUGGAUGCAUUCCUACUGUGCACACUUUCAAUGCUCUGAUUCUUGGUCUAGUUGAAAAAUGUCAGAUGGAGAAAGCUGUUGAAAUAUUAGAUGAGAUGUCACUGGCAGGCAUAAGUCCAAAUGAGCAUACAUACACAACCAUCAUGCAUGGUUAUGCAUCAUUGGGUGACACUGGAAAAGCUUUUGAGUAUUUUACUAAACUAAAAACUGAGGGCUUGGAGCUUGAUGUGUACACAUAUGAGGCAUUACUUAAGGCAUGUUGCAAGUCAGGCAGGAUGCAGAGUGCUUUAGCAGUCACAAGGGAAAUGAGUUCUCAAAAGAUUCCAAGAAACACCUUUGUCUACAACAUAUUAAUUGAUGGAUGGGCUCGUAGAGGUGAUGUUUGGGAGGCUGCAGAGCUCAUGCAACAAAUGAAACAGGAAGGGGUACAGCCUGAUAUACAUACAUACACAUCUUUCAUAAAUGCUUGUUGCAAGGCUGGAGACAUGCAGAGAGCAACAAAAACAAUUCAAGAGAUGGAAGUUGUUGGAGUGAAGCCAAAUAUUAAAACCUACACGACAUUAAUACAUGGCUGGGCCCGUGCAUCUCUUCCAGAGAAGGCUUUGAAAUGCUUCCAGGAGAUGAAGUCAGCAGGUUUGAAGCCAGACAAAGCAGUAUACCAUUGCUUGAUGACAUCAUUGCUGUCAAGAGCAAGUGUUGCAGAAGAGUACAUAUAUUCUGGAGUUGUGGGUAUUUGCAGAGAGAUGAUAGAGUGUGAGUUGACUGUUGAUAUGGGAACCGCUGUUCACUGGUCCAAGAGUUUACGGAAGAUUGAGAGGACUGGUGGAGAACUUACAGAAGCCUUGCAGAAGACCUUCCCUCCUGACUGGAACUCAUACAAUGUUCAUAUGAAUUCUGAUGAUGAACUGGAUGUUGAUGAUGCAUACUCUGGUGGUGAGACAGAUAUUGAUGAUGAUGAUGACGACGACGAUGAUGAUCCUGGCCUUAGCUUAUGGUGAUGAUUCAUGUACUCUUCAUACUCCUGUAUAGCAUCCCUUUCUUUGGUGCCACUCGGUAUUGGGUGUCUCUGCAAGCCUACUUUUGAAAGUCUGCAAGUUGCUGAGCUUCCAAUUUUCGGCCAGCUUAAAAUGACCUUUCGAUUAAUACCUGCCAUUACCAUGAGUAAGAGUGCUGCUCUUUGUGGAAGAUAAUUUGGCUACAAUGUAACUUGGAAUACUGAUACACAACUUCAAAAUUCAUCCUCGUAAACAAACAAUACUAACAUCGUUAGAGGGUCACUGAACUCAAAACAUGGAAAUGUGUUAUGGAAUAAACUUUUUUAUUUGAGCCAUCUCAGUAUGAAAACUGAUUCCAGAGACA